GGUCGCGGGGUCCCUGAACUGCGGGCGGCCCGGGCUUCCUCGGCCAUGGCCCCCCCGCCGAGGCGCAGGUCCUCGAUGUCGAUGUCGCUGCCGCCGCCGCUACUGCUGCUGCUGCUGAGCCUGGCGCUGCUGGGCACCCGGGCCCACGCCGAACCUGCCACCGGGAGCGCAGUCCCUGCGCAGAGCCGCCCGUGCGUUGACUGCCACGCGUUCGAGUUCAUGCAGCGCGCCCUGCAGGACCUGCGGAAGACAGCCUACAGCCUGGACGCGCGGACGGAGACCCUCCUCCUACAGGCCGAGCGCCGGGCGCUGUGUGCCUGCUGGCCAACCGGGCGCUGA